AUGACGGAACUCUACUCUUCCUACACUUCCGACUACGAGCAGCUGCUCUCCUCCAUCCAGUCCACGCUCGACUCGGUGAGCUCUGCCAAGGGCGAAGCUAGAGCAGGGGCGCUGCGCAGAGCAGACAUGGAAGCGGACGAGGCCGAGGAGAUUGUGGCUCAGAUGGAGCUGGAAGUGCAAGGCAUGCCGCAGGCCAUCAAGUCGAGGUAUCAGGUGGAGAUGCGCGGCAAAAAGGCAGAGCUGGAGGGCUUGAGGAAGCGUCUAGUGAGUUCGAGGCGGUGCGGGUGUGUGCGACGAGAAUGGCUGGACAGGAUCGCGCUGACUUGCGACCCGUAUAGCGUCAAGCGGCUGCGCAGAGUUCGGGACGAGACUUGCCGCCCUCUGCGUUCAACGGCGAUUCCGGAGACCUGGAGUCGGGCUUGGCGGACACGCAGGCUCAGCGACAGCGUCUCUUGCAAGGCACGGCCACGCUGGAGGAUGGAUCGAGGAGGCUGGAAGACUCGCACAGGCUCGCACUGCAGACGGAGGAUCUGGGUGCAGACAUUUUGCGCAACCUGAGGGGACAGAGGGAACAGAUCGAACACUCGAGGGACACGGUGAGUGCGGGCGGGCGGGCGAGCGAUGCACCCGAGGCGCACUUUUGAUCAUCGUUUCACCGACGGCGCCACACACACACCCCGUCUGCAACGCAGCUCCGUCAAGCAGAUUCAAACAUCGAUCGAUCCAGUCGCACGCUGCAGCAAAUGAUUCGUCGGUGAGUUGCCUACUACUCGAUGCGUGGAUCGUGCGCGUGCGUUCGUGCGCGCUGAAUUUUCCACGAUGCUCAUCCCAGCGCCAAGCAGCAGAAAUUGACCAUGGGUGCCAUUCUGGCCGUCUUGGUGCUGCUCAUCCUGCUCAUCCUGUGAGUGUGCUGCAUGCUGCCGUGCUACCUCGAACGACUGCUGACCAGGCUUCUUGGUUACGUGUCGCAGGUACAGCAAGUUCUCGUAG